AUGGCCAUUUCCUGCUGUAUAUGUGGCACUCAAAUUGAAGCAAAUGCUAUGAACAUGUGUAUGUCUUGUAUUGCAUCUGAAGUGGAUGUAACUGAAGGCAUUAAUACAAUGUGUGAAUUGGUACAAUGUCGAGGAUGUUUACGCUUUCAAUCUCGUGGUAAAAUGCAGCAAUAUAGUAGCAACUCUGGCGCGUGGGUUGAUUGUGAGUGGGAGUCCAAGGAACUUAUGGCGCUCUGCCUCAAGAGCAUUCCAGGUCUUAAUAAGGUGAAAAUUAUUGAUGCAGGAUUUAUAUGGACGGAACCACACUCGAAACGGGUUAAAUUACGACUUACACUGCAGCGAGAGGUUGUGAACCAUGCUGUGAUUCAAAACACGUGCGUUGUCACUUUUGUGAUUAAUUCGAUCAAAUGUCCGGACUGUACUAAGCAGUAUCACAAUAAUACGUGGCGAGCCGUUGUGCAGAUCCGUCAGAAGGCCGACCAUAAACGAACAUUUCUUAGACUGGAACAGGAGAUUCUUAAGCACAAUGCGCAUGAGGAUGCUAUUGGCAUCACGACUGUGAAAGAAGGCAUGGACUUUUACUUUGGCACGAAAUCGACGGCGGAAAAAUUUAUUUAUUUCUUAUCAGCCCAUGUUCCCAUGCGAUCCAAGUCUUCCAGCAAGCUUAUCUCGGAGAAUGUGCGCAAUGCGACAGCUAACUUGCAACACACGUAUAGCGUUGAACUAAGUCCAAUCUGCAAGGAUGACUUGCUGGUGUUGCCGAGGAAAUGUGCCCAAAGUUGUGGGAAUAUCUCGGACGUGACACUGUGUGCGCGCACCACUUCGAUGGUGCAUCUGUUGGAUCCUAUAUCGGGACAGAAGGCAGAGCUACCGACUGACAGAUACUGGAAGCUGCCGUUUUUACCACUGGCAACCAGCUCCGACAUGGUCGAGUUUAUUGUACUGGAUGUAGAGCCUGCGGAGCCACGGGACUUGCGUCAUGGUGGCCCUGCAACUGACUCUGAGCGAGGGCUCAAGCCCAAAUUCAUCGUUGCUGACGUGGAAGUGGCUCGGGCAAGUGAUUUUGGCGUAAAUGACACGACAUUUCAGGUACGCACGCAUCUUGGUGGUGUGUUGGCUGCAGGCGACACAGUCAAGGGGUACGAUCUUUCGUCCACCAUUUUUGGCUCUAGCCAAACGCAAUCUUUGAAGGAGGAACUUCCUGAUCUUGUGUUAGUGCGGAAGGUCUAUCCGCGCGAAAUUGGAAAGCACUACAAAAACGAGCGCAAACUCAAGACACUAGGUGCCAGUCACCGUGGCAAAGUUAGCAAGGCCCAGACGGCACGGAUGCAGCAUGAGAUGGAGGCAUUCACUGAAGAAUUAUUGCAGGAAAAGCAGGAAGAGGAAAACGGUGAUGAUGCAGAUGACGAAGUGCGGCUGCCGGAAGCUGCCGAGGAUAUAUCUCCUAAUGCGGAGAAGCAGACAGCAGCUAUGGCACAUCUUAGUGUGUCGUAA